AUGGGAGCGCGGGUCUCCCCAUCCCCAGCGGUGACGGGCUGUGGCUCUUUCCUGAGGAACGGGGCGGCGUCCACAACGGGAACCGCUGGAGGCGCCCCCACGGGACCCUGGCCCGCCCUCGCCCCCGCGCAUGCCUGGCCGCUGAGGCGUGAGAGCCGCCGCCUUUGGCCUCCCCCCGUGCGCCUUACACAACCGGCCCAGAUAAGUGCUGCGUCUCUGGGCAAUUAUCGCCUUCCCGCCGCCGGGGCUGGCCGCGCACAGGGCCCACGGCCAAGGGACUCGCAGCCACCCAAGGAGAGCGACCUGCAGCCUUCGGACUGGAACUAUGCCAUUGGCUCUCCUGGAUCUCCAGCUGGUGGAUUUAUCCUGCAGAUCCUGGUUCUUGCCAGCCUCCAAAUUGUAUUGACAUCAUGUGGAAGAUUCCAUAUGGAUGUGAUAUCCGAAAUUGGUGUGUCCUUGCUUCUAGGCAGAGUAAGGAGCUUCGAAGAACCUGAAGACACCACUGAAGCCCUGAAUCAACCUACCCUGAAGCCCAUCCCAACUCCACACUUUCUGUUUUGUGACAUAAUACAUUUCUGUUAUUUGAGGCUGAAUGUUUCUUAACCAAUGAGGUACAGUGGUUGGGACUCUUUCCAUUUUAAGUGAUAACAACACAAUUCCAACUGGCAUGAGCAAAAAGGGGUACAUAUAAGAUGGAUAUCCAUGUGGGCGGGAGAAUCUGUGCAGAUUAUGUGCAUUUGUAAAAAUGUCUUUCUUCUGGUAGUUUAGAGUCUACACUGGCUUUGAGAAUUAUUCUUUAGCUUUGAAAGUAUGUGUGUGUUCCAAAUAUUAUCAUUUGGGAGGUGGUGGGAAGAACCAGUGGCAUUUUUGUUUCAUUUUGGUGAAGACACAUAGAAGAGGACUGUCUUUUGAGCACCCAAGUUCACCUCAUGUUGUUCUGCUGAGGCCCUGCAUGACUAUUCUAGACUUGGUCUUUGGGAAAUUCCUGUUGAGUGUAUUGUGUGCGAUGGAUUUCUCUGACUUUGAGUUAGUCUCAUUCCUGUGAGGGCUCACCUGGUGAGGGACAGGCAAAGGGAUUUUUCUCACAGAGAAGGAAAAGCAAAGUGGUCUUCAAGACAAGAAACAUGAGAAAAUCACUCAUGGAGGGUUUAUAUUUCUUUG